AUGGAGACAUUAAUUGUAGGACCUAUGACUUACGAUUCUGCGUUCCCAGGCCUGAGACUCGAUAUGGAUCCGAAAGAGCGCUUUUAUAAACAGUUCCAAGCCGCCAUCACUGCACUCCAGGACGACGUCUCCCAGCUAAGCUCAGUUGCCUCAACGGGGGGUGAACGCCAAGAUGCCAUCGAAACCAUCUUAGCUGGUAUCUCCAGACUCUCUAAUGAGGUCUCGGAUGCCUCAGACUAUGUUCCUGCCUACGAUCAGAGGCUAUACACCCAGGCGCUCAAGGCUCUAACCGACCAGCUAAACGAGGAGACAUCCAAGCUUGCUCCCAAGAGCCGCUUUCAAUUCAAGUCUCGCGGCCAAGGUAGUUCCCUGUCAAGAGCCAAGAAUGACUCGAGAAUCAUACAGAAUCGCCCGGACGAGAUACCGUCAGCUCCUAUACAGGGCGAGACGGACUCACUGGGCGCAUUGCCGACAUUCUCCAAGAACUACAACGAGGAGAUGGCAAGGGCGGGCGGCUCGGGGAUCCGAAAGCCCAGCUUCUCGACUGCUCGAGACAUUGCUAUAUCAGACCAGACUGGUCUGCACAUCAUCCUACCGUCUACUGCUGCUCGCGCGACCUCCUCUGGUAGCUUGAAAAACCUCAAGGGAUGUAUUGUUGAUAUGUCUGUGCCCACAGCCAAAGGUGCUCCUUUUGCUAGUCUGGCACUCAAGAACAUUGACAACAGCCUCAUCAUAGCGGGCCAUGUGGACGGCCCUGUGCACAUUACUGGUAUCCGUAAUAGUAUUCUGGUGGUCGCAGCUCGUCAAGUUCGGAUACAUGAGUGUCAGAACCUCGACAUCUACCUCCAUUGCACGAGUCACCCUAUCAUCGAGGACUGCAGUGGGAUGCGUUUUGCCCCAAUACCUUCUUGCUUCAUGGCUCAGAAUGAAGCACCCGGAAAGAACCAGUGGGAUCAAGUGGACGACUUCAAGUGGCUGAAGGCGGAACACUCCCCUAACUGGAAAGUGCUACCCGAAGAGGAGCGGAUUGUAGAGGAUAUUUGGAAGAACACCGUCCCUGGUGGUCCCGGAGUUCACGUAGAUGAUAUUUUGAAAAAGGUUGGUGUUUCAAGAACUUAG